ACAAACAUGUCACUUUGUAGGAAGCAGCAUUACAGACUAAUUCUCCUGAUCGUUUUCUUUAUUUUUGCUCUAAUUACAUUGAAAACACACAACAUGGAAAAGCACUUGGGCUGGAUGAAAAAGAAAGCACAAUCACAACUUAAUAAUUCCAUGUGGUUGUUGUGUAAACCAGAUCCUGAAAUGAUUGAAGAAACUCAAUCCCUAUUUCCAACAUGCCCAGAAAUGCCCCCUGGGUUAGGUCCUUUAAAAGUUGACCCUCAAGAGAAUGUAUCUAUUGACAAAAUCCUUUUGGAAAAUGAAAAUCUACAAUUUGGGGGCCACGGCAAGCCAGCGAUAUGCAAUGCACGCCAGAAAGUUGCCAUCAUAAUUCCCUACAGAAAUCGUGAACCACAUUUGAACAUCUGGCUCCGCUAUAUGCAUCCAUUCCUACAGAAACAGCAGGCAGACUAUGGUGUAUACAUAGUGGAACAGCACGGAGAUGAAAAAUUUAACAGAGCAAAGUUGAUGAACAUUGGUUUCGUAGAAGCACUGAAAGAAUAUGAUUAUGAUUGCUUUAUGUUCCAUGAUGUGGAUAUCAUCCCAAUAGACUCAAGACACUUGUACAGGUGUAAAGAAAAUCCAAGACAUAUGGCCAACGCACAAGACAGACAUAAUUAUAGAUUAUUCUAUAGUACAGCAUUUGGAGGAAUAGUGGGCUUUAGUAGGGAACAAUAUCUGAAAGUAAAUGGAUUCUCCAACCUUUUCUGGGGAUGGGGGAAAGAAGAUGACGAGCUAUAUCAAAGGGUGUUUGCAGUAGGAAUGACUGUGGAUCGUGCUGAUGAAAACAUUGCAAAAUCAAAAGCAAUACUUCACACGAGAGAUAAGGGUAAUGAAGAAAACAAGAACAGAUUUCAGCUGAUGCACAACAGUACUAGCCGAAUGCACAGCGAUGGAUUAAAUUCUUUGAAAUACGAUAUUAUCAGUUUCACUAAACACAAACUUUAUACCAAACUGGUAGUGGACAUAGGACAUCCAGAGACAACUAAACCAUAAGUUCUUAUUGAAAAAAAUAUCACAUGAAGCUAAUGCAUCAUUAUUCCAACAGUUUUUGUUAUAGAGUUGUUAUUGUAUUUAUUGUACUCAUUUUAUAAGGUUGCAAAAGAAUAUUGUUAAAUGUUUAAUUUAAAAGAAUUAUUUAUAUAGUUGUAUCUGUUAACAGCACUUCAAAAGCACACAAGCAUUUGUUUAGUUACAUAAAACAUUAGUCAUAUAGUAUUAUAUCAAUGAAUCUGAUGCCUAGUUAAAGGGACAUAAAACCAAAAAAUGUUCUUCCAUGCUUUAGGUAGAACGUACAAUUUUAAACAACUUUUCAGUUUACUUCUAUUAUCAAAUUUGCUUCAUUCUCUUGGAGUCAUUUUAUGAAGGAGCAGCAAUGCACUACUGGUUUCUCACUGAACACAUGGGCGAGCCAAUGACAAUCAGUGUAUAUAUAUGUAGCCACCAAUCAGCAACUAGAACCUAGGUUCUUUGCUGCUUCUGAGCUUACCUAGAUAAACCUUUCAGGAAAGGAUAACAAAUGAAGGAAGCAAAUUAAAUAAUAGAAGUAAACUGGAAAUAUGUUUAAAAUUGUAUUCUCUAUCUGAAUCAUGGAAGAUUUUUUUUGGGUUUCAUGCCCCUUUAAAGGAGCAUUGUAAAGCAAAAUUGACAUGCACUAAACUGUUAUAGAAUGUAAUUUUUGCAUUACUAAUCCUUGAUCACUAUGGGCCAGAUUAUAAGUGGCAUGCUAAAUAUAUUUUUCACUUGUGCGAUAGCUGAAAGCUAUAUUUUAACUUGGCGGGUUAGUGCGUAUUAGAAGUUGAAAGUAAAACGUUAGUGUGUGAGCUAAACUCAAUGAGCGCUAACUUCAGGACUUCGGAUAUUGUUACCGCUUUAAAGUCUUCUCCCCAUAGAUUUUAAUGAAGCAUGCAAAUAAAAAAAAAUAACACUUAUCGCUCGCACGCUAACCCAACUCCAUAUUAGACCUACAGUACUAGCCCCAAAGGUAGUCAUGAAUAUUUUACAUUACAAUGUUCUUCACAUAGAAGAAAAUGUUCUUAUUAUUUUAAAUUUUAAUUUCUCAUAUAUAUAUAUAUAUAUAUUUAAAUAUAUAUAUAUAUAUAUAUAUACACAUACAUACAAGUGUAUUGUAAUAUAUAUAUAUAUAUAUAUAUAUAUAUAUAUAUAUAUAUACACACACA